CCGGCCACCCACCGUCUUUUGUCCGUCCAAAUCAUAAUCUCCACACCACUCGAUCUCGGACGGGCCCCCAUGCAUUUGACAGCACCCAGCUACCCAGCUUGACGCAAGACUCUCGCAUCAAGAGCUCUUCUACUGUUUCACUUUGGCUGGAAAAGACUCUGCCGGGGUGUGAGGGAGCUUACCGCUACUGACUGACAUAUGUAUAUAAGUCCAAAGACGCCGCCCUCGAGCUGUCACCUUGGUCGCCACCAGAACCCAGCAAGAAAGCAAUCAAGUUGAACACAUCACCGAACCCGUGGCAGUGAGUGCAGCCAGCACGGUACCUGAAGCUCCAUCUUCAGCCAGAGGGCAACCUAGCUAGGUUUUGCGAAGCAACACAACCUCACCAGACAGGAACCUUGUCCACGCCGCAUUCAGACCCCAGUCGCACAGCCCGCCCCUCAUACGGGACCGCGACUUGCCCGCCGCGCCCACUUUUGUCUCCGCGCUGCGCUGCGCUGCACCGAGCUACGACCUCCCACCACCACCACCAACAAAGCAGAACAGCAGAACGCACACACACACUGUCCAUAAUUUUGUUGGAAGCUUUUUGGCCUGAGUGUCGAGGACAGUGAGGCGAAGACGGAUAUUGUAAAAAUCUGGGAAAAGAUGAAUCAACCACCCUACCCCCCCAACAUGCAUCAGCAUCCAUCUCAACACCCGCAUCAGCAUCCGCACCCGCAUCAGCAACAACAUCCCCAUCAACACCAGCAACCACACCCACUUUCUCACCAGCACCAGCACCAGCACCAGCACCCGCAGCACCAAAGCCCUUACUCCACCGAGAUGCACCCACCUCCGCACCCUGUGUCAUCCUACCCGCCUCAUCAGAUUCAGCCGCUCCCAUCUAUGCCUCCUCCAUCCUUCCAGGACGGUCUAGUUCAGGCACAGGCAGCCCAGGCGCAAGGAGCUCCGCCGCCCGGCCCGGCGAGUGAAGCCAGUCCUCAGUCAGGCUCGGGGGGCCAGGAACGUCCGCCACUGACGGCCGAGCAGCUGGAGGAGAUCAGGAAGAACCUGAUUCCCUUCUCUUCCCGAGACGCCCAGGGUAGGAAAUACACCCUCGAUGUUGUGCAACAGCCACAACGUGCACGAAUGUGUGGUUUUGGAGACAAGGACCGCCGUCCCAUCACCCCUCCACCCUGUGUACGACUGAUUGUGACGGACGAGAACACGGGCAAAGAAAUUGAUUGCAACGAGAUCGAGUAUGGCAUGUAUGUCCUGAAUGUGGACUUGUGGGACGAACAUGCGCUCAAGGAGGUCAAUCUUGUUCGGCACACGACAGCUUCACCUUCCAUCUCUUCGACUUCGCCAGCUUCCUAUGCUCAGAUGGAAUCAACACCGGCAUACUCAAACAUUCUGCCCUCCAACAUCCCGCCGAGGGAUGUGGGAUACGGGCAGGUGUACCCACCCCCCGGACAAGCCGUCAGUCCUUAUGGGAUGCAACCAGCAUACGGAGCCGGCUUUGUUGGCGCUCCCAACAGCGCUUAUGGACAGGCCCCCUAUUUCAGAGACUACCCCCAGGAAGUGGGCAUGUCGUAUGGAUAUGGGCCCCCACGCGUCUUCGAACCGUCCUAUGGCAUCGGAGGGCAGCGCAUGUCUAUCGGCGGAACCGCGCCAUCAGGCAUGUUUACGAGAAAUCUUAUUGGGAGCCUGGCCGCCAGUGCCUUCCGUCUCAACGACCCAGAUGAUAAGAUUGGCAUCUGGUUUGUGCUUCAGGACUUGAGUGUGAGGACAGAGGGCUGCUUCCGUCUUCGGUUCUCCUUUGUCAACGUCGGAAUUCCCAUGUCGAACCCCGGAUCUGGCGCCAACGGCGUCGUCAACCAAGGAAGUGCCCCUGUGCUGGCCGCGGUCUUUUCGGAGGUUUUCCAGGUCUAUUCCGCCAAGAAAUUUCCCGGUGUCUGCGAGAGCACGCCGCUCAGCAAGUGUUUCGCUACCCAGGGCAUCAAGAUCCCUAUUCGCAAGGAUGGGCACGAGAAGAAGGGCAAUGCGGAUGAUGAUGAUGAUUAUGGUAACUAGGUGUCCCGGGGCUUGUCUUUCGCGGGAAGUCUAGCUGAGGUUGGAGUUUCUGUGUGUGUAUAGAGGAGAGGGCGAGUGAGGAGUAAAGAGUGGUCCGGAAAGAAGGGGACAUCAUGGGGUUAGGGUGUUGUUGAGUCGGUUGGUGGCGAUCUUACGUUCUAACUUUUACGGUUUCAUGUUUCUGUGCUUUUAUUCUCUUCUUUUUGUGCGAUAGCGUUCUUCUGUUUUGUUUUUGUGCGAAAAAGUAUUAUGAUUGCAGGCUCAGAGGUGAUACCAAAUGGAUAUUUGUUUUUCUCUUGUUGUCAUCAGAGGGUAGAGAGAGGGG